UCAAGACCGGAGAAGAAAAGAGCAAAAUGUUGAUUCAAGAGAACUUGCUGAUUCCCAGCCGCAUCAGUCGUAUACAAGGAGUAUAUGAACAAGGACCAGAUGGCACAUUUCUAUACUCUUGCUUGUCACCAUCCAAUCAUACUGAAAUUCGGCUGUUUGAACUAGCAACAGAAAGAGAUACUCUAAUGUACAAAUAUGACAGUGCUGUUGAUAUUGUUAAUGCUUCUUUGAAUCCAGAUCGUAAUGUAAUUGCCUUUACAAUAUUUGAAGAGAAGAAUUCUGAGAAACUAAAGAAAAAAUCAGUAGAUAUUGAAAGUGAAUUAAAAGACCAAAAUGAAACUACUACGGAUCAUAUACGUGAAGCCAACGUCAACUGGAUAACGCCCAUAAGUGAAAAUUCUGGUACGCGAUAUGAUAACAUGGAUUCUGUGAAAAAAUCUGAAUUCUCCUUGCAACCGGUGAAGGGAAAAUACAAGUCUUAUUUGGCAGAUAUUUAUCCCUCAAAAUGGUUGUGGAAAUUCAAUGUGAAUCGAUCUUUCUAUCAGAAAGUGAUAUUUACCAAUUGCUCUAAACAAAAAGAGAUCAACGGUCAUCCUACUAUUGAAAAUCGUCUCUUGUUGAUAAUGCAUCAAAAUUAUAUUGCUAUGUAUACUAUCUAUUUGAAAUGUUCUACUGUGAAUGAAAAAAGCCUGGAUAAAAAUAAAACUGUUUCUUCUUUUUCAACCAUAUUUGAAGACAAAGUAGAGAUACACGACAAGCCAAGAGCAGUGUCAGUCGGAAAAUGCUAUUGGAGUCAAUGGGAUUAUUCUCAACAGCAAUUAUAUUAUCUUCAUGUUAAAAAAUCCAGAAAAACAAGUACCGAUUUGAAUGAAAAAUAUGUCACUUAUUCUACAUCCCUUUGUUGUGAUCAAUAUGCAGAGGAACAAUUUCAACAGCAAGUUUUCAGUUGCAGCAUCAGCUUGGAUCUUGAAGAAUGUUUUAUCACAUGCAAAGAUUCAUUGUAUGAAAUCCUGAACAUGGAAGCCACUGUGUCAUCUUCAGGUUUUAAUAUGAAAGUGUUGAGAAUAGAAAAUGGUAUGAUAUGUCUAUGUUGGCAAUCAAGGACUAAAGAAAACGAUACCAUCUAUAGAAUUGCUGUUAUUAAUAAAGAUAUUGUAAUGACAUGUGUAUCUAACAAAGUUGAAUGUGAUAUUUCCUACCAUCGGUUAUCAUUUUCCAGCAUUGGAAACAACAUCCUCAUUCAUUCCCCACAAAUAUCUGUGCAUUUGAUAGCAAUUGAUGCCUUGUCUAGUGAGCAUUACAAUUUCAAGCAACAUUGUCACUACCUUGCCAAUACACCAGAAUUACCAAAUAUUGUAUCCCUUUGUCAACUUCCCUAUCCUGUUCCAAACAUUCUCAACAAUGAUGAUAUUGGAAGAAGUAAUAGUCGGUGUUAUGUUUAUGAUCAAGCAACCAACAAAAUAUCUAUAAUUUACAUCGAAAGAGAGAGUAUUGGUCGCUCAUUUUUCAGCAACGAAACAACUUUGGAAAAUAAAAUUGCCAUAGCCAGAUUUGCCUCGAUUGCAUUUCUUGGAGAUUCAUCCAAAUCCACAUUACUUACGAAUGUUCUUCUGAGCUUCUUAGAAAAAGGUAUGAUUCUUAGGGCUGAUAAAAUUCUAGCAACGUUGCUGUUACACAAUGCAGCCAAUGAUUUAUGCUCUCGAUUGCCAGAUGUUGAAUUUUUGAGAGAUAUUCUUCCACUCGCAAUAGAUAUGCCACCUGUUGAGUCAGAUAAGUUCACGUUUGUGCUCAGAUUUAUAAAUAUCAAUGAUGAUAUCUGUCAUCAGAUAUCACAAGCGGUUGAAAAGAGCAAAUAUACUGCCGACAGGUGGCAAAAAUCAAAAUAUGGCCUGAAGCAUGGAAGUCAUCUAGAACCUUAUGAUACACAUGCAAUUGAUGAAGAGAUUUAUAUACUUGGAGAGGAUUCUUCCAAGUCACAUCAGCGAGAACAAAAAUCUCAACUGAAGGAACGCCUCAACACCAUUUUUGAGCGGGAAUUUUUGAAGGCUAUUGACCCUGAUGAUGGGAAUAACGAAGAAAGUAUAUUGGACUGUUUUAGUUCGCAUCAUCAAGAUCAUAUUAGAGAGAAUUUAAUGGCUCUCACGUUUGAAAAAUUGUCUGAUCACUUGAAGCAACAUCUCCCUGACAAUUUGCCCAUUAAAUCAAUCGCUAGAAACUACAUUACUGCCCAACUGAGAGCAGUGAAUCAUUUUGUUUGUUUGUUUAUUUGUGCUCUUAUGUUUGAUGAGCCAGAUCGAGGGCUUUUUGAACCUAUUUGUCCUAAAGAGAAAAAUCUUUUACAGCUGCUCAAUCAAUUGUUUUUAUCAUGCACUUUAAUUAACUUCCCCAUUCCGACUGGAUUUCAAACAUGUCUCACCUGUCUCACAUUUCGUUCCUGCUUUACGACACACCUGUCCAUUGAUGAUAAUAUGUAUUUUGAAGACAGUAGUUCAAGCGGGGGAGAUGCAGUGUUGUAUCCAGAAUUUUCAUCAAAUAAAAAAGAGGAUAUUGAAUCAUUUUCAUUCGAGUUUUUUCAAAAAGUUGACUGCAAAUCUAUCCUUCUUACUCGGGAGUUCGUUGCACGUUUCUUGAAAGAAAUUCCUAAUCACGAGACUUAUGGAUCUCUUAUUAUAGAAGUGUUACAAAGAACAAAUCAUGAUGUAUCUAUGGUGUCGAAACAGCCACAUUUGACUAGCUUGUUGGCAAGGGUGCAGAUGAAGAAGUUGCUGUCAGCCCCAGAGAAAAAGCUCAGAAGUGAUUCAAAUAUUAGUGGAAGUGACAUAAGUUUCAUCACACCCUCCCAAAGUGGUUUUUCACCAUAUGACAGGUUUUUAGAUUUUCUUCGACACUGGGCAGAAAACUGUGGUCGGGAUGUUAGCGGCGUUGAAGAAGCAACCAUGCAGUAUACCAUUCGUAAGCAUGGAAAAGAAGCUUUAAAACAUAUAUCUCAUUGAAUUUAUGAGAAAAAGAUGCGCUUGGCUUUACCUGAUGACCCUCCGAUCUAUUCUUGACUCUUUAAGAUAUAUAAAUAUGCACUCGUUUAAGGGAAUCUUGUUUAAAUCUUUCAUUGCAGGAUGUAGGCAUGUCCAAAGAAUUCGAGAAGCUUGCCAUUUUGCAAUGAGAUAGUGAUUCUUCAAAUUUUGAAAUAAAUUAAUAUAUAUAUACUACAAUUAGAUCUGAUUUAGUUAUUUAAAAUUAUUUCCAAUGAAAUGAGAUAUGCGGAAUGCACACUCCCAACAAAGUUCUGUUACUAUAAUGAUAUUCAAUAUGAUAACUCUUGUCUUGGUAAGGUUCUUAUCUUGAUCUUCGAUCUAAUGUGGGCAUAAUCACUGUUCUGUGAUUAAACUGCUGUAAUCCUUUUUGAUAUAUCCUGUAAUAAAAUAGUAUUGUACUACCGAUUUUUUUUUGUGAAUUAUUUUUUUGCAUAUGAUUUGGGUAUAUAUAUGGUUGAUAUAAAUUUGAAAUUUCGGAUAAAGUCAAUGCCAAAUGAAACAAAAUUAUUGGGAAUGAAUGAGGUGGGCGAUUAUCCGAGAAACCGAAAUUGGAUGAUAUCGCUUGUAUGAAUGAAUUUGUACAUUGUAUGUUGUUUUAUUGCAAUAGUCUUGAUUUAUUAUAUUUAUGGUAUAUUUAUCUAUGCAUACUUUUUAAUUGUUUUAUUUAUAUUUGCAAUUUUUUUCUAAAUUCUAUGUGUGUAAUUUUUUUUUUUUCUCAAUUUUCAACAUUAUAUAUUAUUUAAU